AUCUAAUACGGUACAAUAUAUCAACUUGAACUAACAGUCACUUUGACCAAAAACUUGUUUCUUUUUUCUAACUUCUUGUAUUACAAUAAUCCACCAUUUAUAAGCCUUUGAGAAUCAUCAAAAGAGAGAUCAGAGAAAUGAAAAUGAGAAUAGUUUUACUUACUACUAUAGUUUUAGAAAUCACAUUAUUAUUAUUGUUUCACUGCGUAAAUGCAACCACAUAUAUGGUUGGAGAUGCAUUGAAUUGGGUAGAGCCUCCUACUUCAACAACUUAUUCUCUCUGGACUUCAUCCAAUGUCUUCGUCAAAGACGAUAUUUUAGUAUUCAGUUUCAACACAGGGAUACACAACGUUGCAGAAGUGACAAAAACAUCAUACAACAAUUGCAACACUAGUUCUUUAAUCUCCCUCCACGACCAAUCCCCAGUAAGGAUCCCCCUACAUAAAAGCGGUAAAAGAUACUUCAUUUCUUCCCUCAACAAUGAUUGUCAAAAUGGUCAAAAAUUAGCCAUGAAUGUCCUACAACAGUUGCCAACACCGCCUCCUGCAACAUCACCUUCGGCCACACCGCCACCGGAACUCGCCCCGGGAGCGAAUAAUCCUGCUCUUCCUUUGCCUGCUGCUGCUCCAAAUCACCAAGUUGUAGCACCUCCACCACCUUCAAGAAAUUCAGCUCCUUCAUACUUUAGUCCUAAUAUUUCCUUAUUAAGUGUGUUUGUAUCCCUUGUUAUGGGAUUACUAUGUCAAUCAAUCGUCUAGAGAUUAAUUUGUGUGAUAAUAUUCUAUGGUUGAUUGAUUUGGCUUCUAGGCUUGUCAACUAACAAUGUGCAAGAUGGUAGAUGGAGGAAUGAUGAAUAACUAACUUUCA